CUCGGGACCGAGUCACGUGGACCGGCUGCGGCUCGCGAUGGCGGCCCCCAUGGAUGGGAGCCCCGGCGGCCGGGCGGCCCGGGCACUGCGGCGGGCGCUGGCGCUGGCCUCGCUGGCCUCGCUGGCCGGGCUAUUGCUGAGCGUCCCGGCGAGCGCUCUCCCCACCCUGGGGCCCGGCUGGCAGAGCCAAACCCGCGACCCGCCGGUCUCCCGCAUCCGCUCGCUGCUGCUGGACGCCGCGUCGGGCCAGCUGCGCCUGGAGGAUGGCUUCCAGCCCGGCGCGGUGGCCUGGGCCAACCUCACCAACGCCAUCCGCGAGACCGGGUGGGCCUAUCUGGACCUGAGCACAAAUGGCAGCUACAACGACAGCCUGCAGGCCUAUGCGGCUGGUGUGGUGGAGGCCUCUGUGUCCGAGGAGCUCAUCUACAUGCACUGGAUGAACACGGUGGUCAAUUACUGUGGCCCCUUCGAAUACGAAGUCGGCUACUGUGAGAAGCUUAAGAGCUUCCUGGAGGCCAACCUGGAGUGGAUGCAGAGGGAGAUGGAGCUCAGCCCGGACUCUCCGUACUGGCACCAGGUGCGGCUGACCCUCCUGCAGCUGAAAGGCCUGGAGGACAGCUAUGAAGGCCGUUUAACCUUUCCAACUGGAAGGUUCACCAUCAAACCCUUGGGGUUCCUCCUGCUGCAGAUUGCUGGAGACCUGGAAGACCUAGAGCCAGCCCUGAAUAAGACCAACACCAGGCCUACCCUUGGUUCGGGUUCGUGCUCUGCCCUCAUCAAGCUGCUGCCUGGCGGGCACGACCUCCUGGUGGCGCACAACACGUGGAACUCCUACCAGAGCAUGUUACGCAUCAUCAAGAAGUACCGGCUGCAGUUCCGGGAGGGGCCGCAAGGUGGGAGGAGGGAGCAUCCUUGCGGGAGGAGCCUGCCUGACCAGCUCCUGCACCACCCCCCACCAGAGGAUUACCCCCUGAUUGCUGGCAACAACUUGGUUUUUUCGUCUUACCCGGGCACCAUCUUCUCCGGUGAUGACUUCUACAUCCUCGGCAGUGGGCUGGUCACCCUGGAGACCACCAUUGGCAACAAGAACCCAGCCCUGUGGAAGUACGUGCAGCCCCAGGGCUGUGUGCUGGAGUGGAUACGCAACAUCGUGGCCAACCGCCUGGCCCUGGAUGGGGCCACCUGGGCAGAUGUCUUCAAGCAAUUCAACAGCGGCACGUACAAUAACCAAUGGAUGAUUGUGGACUACAAGGCGUUCGUCCCCAGUGGGCCCAGCCCUGGAAGCCGGGUGCUUACCGUCCUAGAACAGAUCCCGGGCAUGGUGGUGGUGGCCGACAAGACUGCAGAGCUCUACAAGACGACCUACUGGGCUAGCUACAACAUCCCGUACUUUGAGUCUGUAUUCAACGCGAGUGGGCUACAAGCCCUGGUGGCCCAGUACGGAGAUUGGUUCUCCUACACCAAGAACCCUCGAGCCAAGAUCUUCCAGAGGGACCAGUCAAUGGUGGAGGAUAUGGACUCCAUGGUCCGGCUCAUGAGGUACAAUGACUUCCUUCACGACCCUCUGUCGUUGUGUGAAGCCUGCAGCCCAAAGCCCAACGCCGAGAACGCCAUCUCUGCCCGCUCUGACCUCAACCCCGCCAAUGGCUCCUACCCAUUUCAGGCCCUGCGUCAGCGCGCCCAUGGUGGCAUUGAUGUGAAGGUGACCAGCUUUGCACUGGCUAAGGACAUGGGCAUGCUGGCAGCCAGUGGUCCCACGUGGGACCAGUGUCCACCGUUCCAGUGGAGCAAAUCGCCGUUCCACACCAUGCUGCACAUGGGCCAGCCCGAUCUGUGGGCGUUCUCACCCGUCAGGGUCCCAUGGGACUGAGACUCUGCCUCCGCCCAGCCGCCUUCAUUCUGUGUGGCCUGUGGGGUCACACACCUGCCAUCCGCCCUUGGGGUUCGGUCGUCACCAGACUCUGGUCCUAGUGGUUUCCUUCACAAGGAUACAGCAACCCCGUGGGCUCAGAGCCGGCUCCAUCCCGAGCCCUCGGCCCUUUGUGGCUCUCCUCUCUGUCCCUGUCACCAGCAGGCUGGGGCUUGUGCUUGGCUGUGGGCCCAGUGGGACCCUGGGCAGCAUUCUCCUAGUGCUGGUCCCUCAGCGCGCGUGUGAACUGAUGGGGGACAUUAUGGUUGUCACCACCAGCCUGCGGGCCCAUCCCCUCAGGAGGCAGCCCUGUGUCCCCUUCUGGGCAGCCUUCCUAAGUGCAGGAGCUUGAAAACAAAAACCAAAGUUUCUGGCUGCUUAUA